AUGUCCAAGGCCCUGAAGAUCCUCUCGCGCGACGACGUGGAGACGCACAACAAGGAUGGUGACCUGUGGAUCGUGAUCGACUCGACAGUGUACGACCUGUCCAAGUUUGCCAAGCUGCACCCCGGUGGUCUGGCGGUGCUUCUUGACGAGGAUGUCGGUGAGCACCAUGGCCCCUUCCCUCACCCCACCCGCCCCCUGACACUCCCAGCCGGCCAGGACGCAACGACCGUCUUCUACUCGCUGCACCGGCACGAAGAGCUCCAGAAGCCGCAGUACCAGCGCCUGGUGAUCGGGCACAUUGCGCUCGAGGAGCCCAAGAUCCAGCCGGUGGGCGUGGGCGAGCUCUCGCGCGUGCCGUACGCCGAGAGCCCGUGGCUCAACCCGUCCUUCCACAGCCCGUACUACAACGACGGGCACCGCCGCUUGCAAAAGGAAUUCCGUGCGUUUGUCGAUACGGUGCUCUACCCCGACGCCCAGGCGUGCGAGGCGGCCGGCACGGACGCCAGCCCAGAAGUGUACAAGGCCAUGGCGGCGAAGAAGAUCAACCACAUGCGUCUUGGGCCGGGCAAGCACCUGCACGGGCUGACCCUAAUGGGCGGGGUCAAGGGCGAGGACUAUGAUGCGUUCCAUGAGCUCAUCGUCACCCAAGAGCUCACGCGUUGCGGCGCACGCGGCUACGGCACCGGCCUCGGCUCUGGCGUGUUCCUCGGCCUUCCCCCGGUCGUCAACUAUGCCGCCGAGCCGCUCCGCUCCCGUGUCAUCGACGAGGUGCUCAACGGCAAAAAGGUCAUGUGCCUCGCCAUCACCGAGGCGUUUGCCGGGUCCGACGUGCAGGGCAUGAGGACCCGCGCCGACAAGCAGGCGGACGGGACGUGGCUGAUCAACGGGCACAAGAAGUGGAUCUCGGCCGGCAUGUUCGCCGACUACAUGCUGCUCGCGUGCAAGACGUACGGCGGCGAUGGGCCCGACGGCGCCGUGACUGCGUUCCUCGUCGACCGGAGCAUGGGCUUCGAGACCAAGGUCGUGCCGACGUCCUACUCGAAAGCGGCGGGCACGUCGUACGUGACAUUCGACAACGUCCGCGUGCCCGCCGACCAUGUGAUCGGCGAGGAGGGCCACGGGCUGCUCAUCAUAUUCGGCAACUUCAACCACGAGCGAUGGUACAUGUGUGCGUCGAUGGCGCGCGGCUCGCGCAGCUUGAUUGAGGAGUGUCUGCUGUGGUCGGCCCAGCGCAAGGUGUUUGGCAAGCCGCUCCUCGCGCAGGCCGUGAUCCGGAACAAGCUCGCGCUCAUGAUCUCCAAGGCGGAAGCAAUGCAGACGUGGAUCGAGUUCAUCACGUUCCAGAUGACCAAGAUGGACCACCGGACGCAGGUCAAGCAGCUCGCCGGGCCGAUCAGCUUCUGCAAGAUGCAGUUCAGCCUGUGGGAGAAGGAGCUCGUCAGCCACGCCGCGCAGAUCUUUGGCGGCCGCGCCCUGACCGCCACUGGCAUGGGCCGGUUCGUCGAGAUGGCCAACCGCACAGGCCGGUUCGACGACGUGCUCGGCGGGUCGGGCGAGGUGAUGGGCGACCUGGGCGUGCGCCAGCUCAUCCCCCACAUGCCUGACGACCAGAAGCUGUAG